GUAAAGUGGCGCACUCAUAUCUACUGGUAGCCUCCAUUUUCAAUCUCUCAUUAUCCCAUUAUCAUCGACAGUACCCCAUAGCUAAUGCAAGCAGUUCUUGCAGCUAUGGCCGCACAAUCACUUCUAUCUGUUUCCCUUUCCAACUACGUCGCAUUGCCCCCAUUCUCCAAUUCUUCAUCUUCAUCUUCUCUUUCUCUCACCUCCUCUUUCCAUGGCGCCUCUCUCAAACUCCCUCGCCACUCCCUCUCCCUCGCUGCCUCCGUUGCCCCAAAACCCCUUGCUAUCGUCGCUGCCACCAAAAAAGCUGUCGCUGUCCUCAAGGGAACUUCCGCCGUUGAAGGCGUUGUCACGCUCACCCAAGAGGACGAUGGUCCAACAUCUGUCAAUGUGCGUAUUACCGGGCUCACCCCAGGUCUUCAUGGAUUCCAUCUUCAUGAAUUUGGAGACACAACAAAUGGAUGCAUUUCUACAGGAGCACAUUUCAAUCCUAACAAGUUAACGCAUGGUGCUCCCGAGGACGAAAUCCGACAUGCGGGUGACCUGGGAAACAUAACUGCCAAUGCUGAUGGAGUAGCAGAGGCAAUCAUUGUAGAUAACCAGAUUCCUCUUAGCGGCCCCUAUUCUGUAGUUGGAAGAGCCUUUGUGGUACAUGAGCUUGAGGAUGAUCUAGGAAAAGGAGGUCAUGAACUCAGUUUAACCACUGGCAAUGCGGGUGGAAGAUUGGCAUGUGGUGUUGUCGGUCUUACUCCUGUGUGAUGGUGACAAACAAACUGUGUAGCCUAUGAGGUCGGUACGAGGUAUAUGGAAGCACUAUUAUAUUGUCAACCACUUUUCCACAGUCUCGAGUUUCUUUUCUUUUGUUCAGCAUAUAAAUUGUAGUCUUGGGAAGACAGUUUCUUCACAUACUCAUUGAUACCUGUUACUGUGCUUUCCAUUAGCUGAAUAAAAUUGACCUGCUGCUUGAGCUAAUGUGUUUGAAUAAAGAUUUGUUAACUUCAGAGACUUUUGAAGAGA